AUGGCUGUAGAAGUUCCCGCUCCGAAACGUCGUGCGUCGGGGCUGAGGCGGGUUCGCGACCAACGCGACUUACGACCGCACGUCAACCCACAGCCGGCAGGCCGGCGCAUGGAUGCGAGUGGCGUGUUUUUGUCGCCCAUCAGGCUGCUUACAACUCACAUUGUCGAGACGUACCGCAUCUGUAAUCCUCAAUUCAGAUACGAAUCGACGCACAAUCCACGUCGCGUUUUGACGAAGCCCAGCAAGCCUAUCCACAAUGACGGCUUUGAUAACGAGGAUUACGACUAUAUUCUCUAUGUGAACGACUGGUUGGGCGCGGAUGAGGGACACAAAUACCUCAUCCUAGACAUUCUGGGUCAGGGAACCUUCGGUCAGGUGGUGAAGUGCCAAAAUAUGAAGACGCAUGAAGUCGUGGCUGUUAAGGUGGUCAAGAACAAGCCAGCGUACUUCAAUCAGAGUAUGAUGGAAGUGACGAUACUUGAAUUGUUGAACAACCAGUGUGAUCCGGACGAUCAGCACCACAUCUUGCGACUGCGGGACUCUUUCAUCCACAAGAAUCAUUUAUGCCUUGUCUUCGAGCUGCUUUCCUCAAAUCUCUACGAGCUGAUCAAGCAGAACCAAUUCCAGGGCCUCAGCACGCAAUUGGUCAAGGUGUUCACAGCUCAGCUGCUGGACGCAUUGACGGUGCUCAAGGAGGCCCGCCUCAUUCACUGCGACCUGAAGCCCGAGAACAUUCUCUUGAAGUCACUUCAAUCACCACAAAUUAAAGUCAUAGACUUUGGCUCGGCAUGUCAUGAACGGCAGACCGUGUAUACCUAUAUCCAGUCACGGUUUUACCGCUCUCCAGAAGUGCUGCUUGGCCUACCCUACGCGGCAGCGAUCGAUAUGUGGUCAUUAGGUUGUAUUGCGGUUGAACUGUUCUUGGGCCUUCCGUUAUUCCCAGGGACUAGCGAAUACAACCAGAUCACCCGCAUUGUAGAAAUGCUCGGGAUGCCACCGCAGUACAUGUUAGAUAUGGGCAAGCAGACAGGGCAAUUCUUUGACUCCUACGUGGAUGGAUAUGGCCACAAGCGGUACAAGCUCAAGAACAUCGAGCAAUAUUCCCGGGAGCAUAAUACGCAGGAGCAGCCUGGGAAGCAAUACUUCAAGGCAAAUUCCCUCCCGGAGAUCAUACAGCAAGCUCCGAUGCCUUCGUUCAAGUCAACUUCGCGGCAGGCUCACGAGAUGGAGAAGGAGAUGAACAACCGGGCUGCCUUCAUAGACUUCUGUCAGGGGCUUCUGAAUAUGAAUCCGAUCGAACGGUGGUCGCCGCAGCAGGCUAGGAUGCAUCCGUUCAUCACCGGAGAAAAAUGGACAAAGCCGUGGACGCCUACAGGCCAAUCGAGCCAUCAAGUAAGCCCCCCACCGAGCAAUGGCCCUGACCCGAAGCGACCAUAUGGAGGUUUGGUGCCAUCUCAGCCAAAGGGUACCAGAGCAUAUCAAGAUGCUGCUGCGUAUAAUCAACGCCUUGCGCAGCACCAGGCGUUCACCGCCCAGGCUCAUGCUGCAUCUCAAGCGGCGCAGAAUGUCUAUAGAAAUCCUUAUGUCACUGCUCCGAACUCACAACAGGGCUCUGCAACCAAUUAUCCGAGCUCGCAGGAUAAUACCAAUGCUAGCGCUGCUGCGAACUACGCAGCACAGCAGUACAAUACCCCUGCGUCACAAGCGACGUCACAUCGGACCCUUGCCCACCGAAACUCCCAUGGACAGUUGAACGUCAACACUAAUGUUUCACAACAUGCGGGACACGGGCCAGGAUUCCCUGCCAUGCAGAACCCAACAGCACCGUCAAACACGUACUACUCUACUGCCCGCACUCGCUCGAACACCAUCAAUCCGAAUAUGGACAACAUACCCCCGGCAUUGGCACGGCUUCAGCAUAUGAAUCAGGACGUCAUCGGCGGGCGGAAGGCGUUGACGCCAGUGCUCAAGCGAGACGAUGCCAUCCGGGAGUGGGAGCGGCGUCAAGCGGGGAAGACUGCUGCGGCACAGCCUUACCCACAACUGGAAUUUUUGCAACAGCAGGCUGAGCUCGCGGCAGCGCAAGGGUUGACGAACUGGGGGCAAUCAAGUUCGUCUUCACGUUACCAGCAUCACCCGCAUCCAACGUCUAAUCUCGCGCACUCGUACCACCCUCCCAACUCUAUGGCAGUGGACGAUGAUCGCCGUGAUGCCAUCUUAUCAACCGCUCGAGCCGCCGCCCGAGCGGACGCGCAGAGCAAUCUCUUUGGCACAACGACGGAAGUGAUACCGAGCCCGCCGCAGGCAUAUUCGAGCAACUCGACAACAGCAGGGAACCGGUACGCAACGACGUACUCGCAGCAGCAACAGGCUCCCACGUCUCCGUUUGAUGCCGUGGACCGACGGACAGAUAUCGGUACUUUGUACGUGCCUAUGCAGCCUGACCAGUACGGCCCGUACAACGUUCAAGCCUCCGCUUCCCAACAACAUGCCGCUGCCGCUCGGCAGGUUGCGCCUCCUGCUCAAGCCGUGCCACCAUCGUUUUAUGGCGCAGGCGUCGUGCCGCAGAAUAACAAUCAGCAGCGGAAUCCCUUCACCGCGGAUCCUCUGCAGACAUCACAAGGACAGGCGAGCGCGAAGGACGGCCGGAGGAAGAGUGCUAUGGACCUGUGGACACAAUGA